CAAUCAGAGAAAGGGAUAUGUUACUAAGGUGUAGCGUCCUCGAGGGAGAUGGAAACAUGGCGGCUUCCAGGCCUGGAUCCUACUGUGGGGAGGUGAAAGAGCUGCGUCGGGACGGUUAUGGACUUUAUGUUUACCCUAAUUCUUUCUUCCAGUAUGAAGGAGAGUGGAAGCAAGGGAGAAAACACGGUCAUGGGAAAUUGCUGUUUAAAGAUGGAAGUUAUUAUGAAGGCGAGUUUGUAGAUGGGGAAAUUAAGGGCAACGGACUCAGAUACUGGGCGUCUACAGGGAAUACUUAUUCUGGCCAGUUCCUCUUUGGAGAGCUGCAUGGGCAUGGAGUCAUUCGCUAUGCAGAUGGUGGAAAAUAUGAAGGGGAGUUCUCCUAUGGAAUACGAGAAGGCCACGGGUUACUGACUGACAAGGAUGGACAAAUAUAUCAAGGAAGCUUCCAUAGCAACAAAAAACAUGGAGGAGGGAAAAUGAUCUUCAAAAAUGGGGAUGAAUUUGAAGGAGACUGGAUCCUGGACCAGAGACAAGGUCACGGAAUGCUUCACUGUGCCAGUGGAACUGUAUAUGAGGGACAGUGGAGAAAUGACACAUUCAACGGACAGGGCUCUAUAAUCCAUUGUUCAGGUGUCAUCUAUGAUGGACUGUGGCUCAAUGGCUACCCUGUUGGACAAGCAAAGAAGAUUGUGAUUAUGGGACCAGAGGUUACUGAGAUUGUUCAAGGGUCUUCCCAUACAUUUCAAGUCCAGCUGGAAAACGAAAAAGGAGAGCUUUGUGAAAGUGAGAGUGGUCGAUUGCUGGAGAUCAGUGCUGGUAUCCAAGCUGGCCAGUUUUCUGAAAGUUUAAAACCCAAUUCAUAUGAGUUCCUUGAGCAAACUGGGAGGCAGCCAAUCAAAAGCUCUUUCGGAUUUGAGUAUAUUCAGUAUCCUUUGAUGACUGUCACGUCUGGAAGCCAGAAGCCACAAGCUGCCCUGCCUGCUGCUGGUGAAAAUCAACUUGCCCUGCUUGAACUGCUAAUACCCCCAAGUGCCUUAGAACCAGAAUCUGGAUCAAAACCCCUGGGUGGUGCAGGAGAUGCCCUUAGCAACCACUAUGAAAAUGAAAGUGGCUGUUUCCAAAGAGUUGAGCAUGGCCGUGCCAUUUUCAGUAGCAUCACCCUUGCACCUCUUCCUGGAGAUCCUCGACCUGCUGUGCAGUCAGAUGAGCCAAAUGAAAAAGGGAGCAAAAAGGCAAGUGUCAAGACCAUUGCAGAGAAAAUGACUGCUUCCCAGGAGACGCUUCGAGAUAGCAGGUAUGUUCCCAUCUCCCACUUCUCAGAGGGAUGCUUUUUCAUUCAUGUCUGUCAUCCUGCUUUCUCAACAAACUAUAUCAAACUGCCUUUUGUAUUUCAAGUAACAUUUUCUGAACAUCAAAAGAUUGAAACUAAGGUGUCAUCUAGCCUAGUGGUGAGUGAGCUGCACUCCCAACCUACUGUCUUAAAAAAACAAAAACCCUAUGGCCUCAUUGCUGUGUUUUGA